AUGCGCCCGGUGUCUAUCCGCCCAACCCUGGGUCUUGGGAAUCAGCAUCUCUGUGCCAAUUGUCGAAGAACUGGCUAUGAGAGUUUCAGGCAACCUGGUUUCCGACCACUCCAUGCAUCGCCAAUUUUCCAGCGUCCCCGCCGCCGUGAAUUCUUCUCCUCGAACCCUUUCUUAUUGAGUCAAUCGGCGCAAAAAAAAGAGGCACAAGAAGAUGAUCCAGGCGUCGGAUCGGCCACAGUACAAUCACAUAAACGCAAAACGGCACGUUCUCCAGGCACCAAAACGUCUCUAAGAAGAGUGGGAUUAGAGGCACAAAGAUCAAAAGCGAGGAACCUGGUCAAACCGGACGGAAGGAUUCAGGAUGACAUUGGGACGCCGAAACUUGUCACCGCAUAUGCCGUUGCAGAACAGUUCGAUCUGAGCAAAGUAGUUGACAUCCUUCGCAACAAAGGCUACGAACCAGAUCCAUUGAGCACCGGUCUCUUCCCACAAGUCGUUCAUGUGCAAAUUCCCAUCUCGUCCAUCUACCGAUCCACAAAUCCUUCUGCCAGAGAUCUGUCAUCCACCGAGGUCGGUGAUGUUUUCAUCUUCCCUUCCGGCACCCUGGUAACGUGGGCUCUGCCGGAGGGGUUCACGUCGUAUUUUGCGACCCGUACCCUUCUCCCCGCAGCGGACAAUCCUCACGAGGAACCAAUUGAAACCGAGGAUUUAGACUACAUCGAAGAUCCCAAUCGUGAGCACAGCCUGAUCCGCGGCGACACGAUCAUCCUGGGCACGAAGAAAUCAGAAAGCCCGGCGCAGGAUAGUGAGAUUGACGACCAGUCCGAAUCACAGUACCAAACGGUGGACACAGUCCUGACGAAGAUUGCCUUUUCUUCAGGUUUUGCACGAAGCACAAAGCUAGCCGUCCUCGAAACUAAUCUAUCCACCUAUCUGGCAUCCACAGCCGAUAUCCCCGCGUUGCUGUCCAAAGGCUCACGUUUGCCCUUCAAACUCUCCCGUCAAUUCAUCCUGCGUAAAACAGGCCAACUGCUCUUGCUACGCGCCCAGCUGAACCUGUACUCCGAAUUGACGGACUCUCUCCCGGAUCUUUUCUGGGAUUCCCGCCACGAGCUCCACCUGGAAACCUACUAUGACCAAGUUGGGCGGGCUCUUGACGUUGGAAUUCGGAUUAAAGUGUUAAACGAGAAAAUGGACUACGCCGCAGAAAUUGCGUCAGUGUUGAGAGAGCGUUUGAGCGAGAAGCACGGAUUGUUUCUGGAGUGGACGAUCAUUGUGCUCAUCGCAAUCGAGGUUGGGUUUGAGGUUUUGAGGCUCUGGAAAGAGGGCUUUUGGGAAGAGGUCUGGGAGGAUAAAAAGAACCAAGAAAAGGAGGAAAACAAGAAGAGGAUCUUGGAGUAA